AUGCCACAUCAAGAGGGGACAAGCAUGCAAGUACACUCUCCUUAUCCUACGAAUCACAAGAGUAGUGCUAGUAUGGUCCCUGUCGAAACAAAGUCAAGUGGCGACGGCACGGCUGAUAGGCUACAUGAGCUGUUGGGUAAUCCUAUGCAGGUACUUGCUGCAAUUGAGGAUGACCCUAGCCUUUGGUUAGAUAGCUCGGAAAAGAAGCCUAACCACCUGGCACUCCAAGAACUGAAGCAGCGGGAUGUGGAGGUGACGAAGACGCUGCAACAACACCUGCGGCUAAAGAUAGUUGCAGACCUUCUAAUAAAGUAUAAUUCUGAAAUCCAAUGUGCGGAAUUUACUGCUGCGUUCGAGACACUUCGACAGUGCGUGCAAAAGGCGAAGUCUGCAGAUGUUUCAGCGCAUGGUGUGCGCUUUGAACAAGCUUUCAACACGUAUUUGAGCGGCCUUCACGCAGUUUUUGUGAGGAAGCUACAAGGCUUAUUAGAAGAAGUGUGGCAUAUCCACGAUGACGGGUUCAGCUUCCAGCAGCAGGUUAGUGAGAAGCUUGAUGAUGCGCGAGAACACAACUUUGACUACGACACAUUGGUUGACAUGUUUAAUUCUUGUUUUCUGAAGGAUGGAGAUAUAGAUGAACGCUCCUGGUUUUUUAAAAACAUCUCUAUGCCUGAUGUACGGGAUGAUGUAAAACAAUGUGUUAACAGCACAUAUAACAACUAUAUUAAACUAUCUCAGGUCAAAGAGAAUCUCAAGGGGUUUUUAUUCAGUGACUCGCUGCGAAUUUCCUGCUCGGGCACUCGUUUGCAUGUCGAUCAAGGAUGCGAGACGCCUGCAGCAAAAGUAGAAAGCUAUGUUGUGCUAGCCGAUUACCUACUUAAUGUGCUUUCACCUGUCGCCUCGAAUCAAAUAUUGAUGACGUUGGGAGGUGCAAUUGUAACAGAGGCGACUAAGCUUUUGAAACAGCAUUCUAAGGAGUUGCUUUCUAAAGAGGCAAACCAAAAGAAGGACUUGGCGCACUUUAAUGAUACUUUGGUCAAACUUAGUUCCAGGAAGGGCAGCAGCUGGACCUACAAUGGAAAUGCCCUGGACAAGUUACUCAAUGACCCUGAGACUUUUGCAACGCUUAUGUUUGAGCAGCAUGUGCACUUACACCUACUCAAACUAAGAGAACUGUUUUCAACGGACAACUGGAGUCAGCUGAUUGAAGUGAAGCAGCCCGCAAGCACUGAAACAGACAAGGCUGCAAAUUCAACUGUAAAGUCCCAAAAAAGAGAGAGUAAGAGCAUGUCAACAAAUGAAUGGGAGUGGAAUGAAAACGACGAUGAAGGAUGGAAUGCGGAAUUUGAUACAGAAAUCAAUAGUGAAGAACAUAGACUGAGUGACUCCAAGGACAAAGGCGUGCUAGUAGAAGAAGACCAAAAUAAUGCAGACGGCUGGGAUGAUGUUUGGGAUGAUGACGUCCUGGAUCUGGAAAGUAUAACACAAGACGUCAUACAAAUAACUAAAAUCCCGGAUGGGUUUCAGAAGGUUUUGGAAAGCUUUGAAAAGGGUGCAGAAAACCUAAACAAAGAUUUUGUAUCCGCGGAAUAUGCCUAUAAGUUUAACCUCCUCCAAACUGCCUUUUUUGCCAUGUGUAUGAGCAAAUAUAAUGAUUGGUGGUUGCUUGUUAGAGACAUGAAGUAUAUUAUAUCUCAAUGUGAUGAGCAAACUUUGUAUCAAUUAAGUGAACUGACGGCCCGCUUCACAGAAAAUAAUAUUGCUACAAUGCGGAAGGCGGUAUUCAACAUGCUGCAAGAACAACUAAACAACUUAAAAGCUAAUGAGCUUUCUCCGAAUUGGGAUGUCACACGUAACUCGCUUUUACCAUUUAUACACGAUGAAGUACAACCUGCUUUCGAGAGAUUAUCUGAUCAGAGUGUCUUACUAAACUUCUUGAAGUUCCUCUAUAAUGAUUGCCUUGUCAAUGAGAUACUGCAAUGGAAUAUUAUAUCCGAGAAGAACUCAGAAAAUCUGUCCGAAUUGAUUCAUAUGAUCUACAACGGAACCAAGUUUUCGGCUCUGCAGGAUAACAAUGACUACAAGCAUGCGAGAACCAAACUGGCGAUUAUAGCAUUGAUCCUAAAAGCUCACCUCAAGGAUAUAAUGGACAUGUUCUACAAUGGCGACUUUUUCCUAUUUUCAACGGAGGAAAUUAUACAAUGGAUACUGCUGUUAUUUGCCGAUACACAUAUGCGCCGUGAUUGCAUAUAUGAAGUAAGAACCAUAAGACAAGAGUCAGAAGAAUAG